AUCGGGCCGCUGGCCGAGCAGCGUUUCCGCUCGCCGAGCAGCUAUGGCGGCGUCGCUGGGCGGUAUGUUCUCCGGGCAGCCUCCAGGUCCUCCGCCGCCCCCGCAGGGGCUCCCCGGCCAGCCGUCGCUCCUGCAAGCAGCCCCCGGGGCUCCGAGACCUCCCAGCAGCACCUUGGUGGACGAGUUAGAGUCCUCCUUCGAGGCUUGCUUUGCUUCCCUUGUGAGUCAGGAUUAUGUCAAUGGGACCGAUCAGGAAGAAAUUCGAACGGGUGUUGAUCAGUGUAUCCAGAAGUUUUUGGACAUUGCAAGACAGACAGAAUGUUUUUUCUUACAAAAAAGAUUGCAGUUGUCUGUCCAGAAACCAGAUCAAGUUAUCAAAGAGGAUGUCUCGGAACUGAGGAGUGAAUUGCAGCGGAAAGAUGCGCUGGUCCAGAAGCACCUGACAAAGCUGAGGCAUUGGCAGCAGGUGCUGGAGGACAUCAAUGUGCAGCACAAAAAGCCAGCCGAAAUCCCUCAGGGCUCCUUGGCCUACCUCGAGCAGGCGUCUGCCAACAUUCCUGCACCUCUGAAGCAGACCUAAGGGCUCAGGCCUGUGGUGCAGCUCUGCAGUCCUGCUGGACAUCUUUUCUUACAGAUGUGGCAUAUCGGAAAAACUGUCCGAUAAUGAGCUGAUGUUAGUUUAUGUCUCUACCCAUUUUUAUGCUUUAUUAUUUCAGUAUGAAGCCUGGGGUGGCCUUGAAUCCAGGAUCCCCAGCCUCAGCUCCUCUAAUACUCUAAAUUCAUUAGUACUUUAUAGAAUGCCUGUUGCUUUGAAAAACCAAUUAUUUUUUGUUUAAUAUUUUGCAAAGUUUAGACUGUUCAAGUGGUGAACACAUUCUUACUUGGCCUUUACCUUUUGUUUUGACAACAUUUUGUAGCUUCAUCUCUGUAUUUUUGUUUUUUGUUUGGUGAAACCUGAAGGGAAAUAAUUUUUAAUGGUUUGAAAAGCCGGGGAUAUAAGAGUGGGUUUGGUUAUCAGCGUUAAUCACCAUCAGUGGCAGUGCAGACAAGUAUGUAACUUUGAACUACCUCAGGAGGAACCUGACAACAGUGCAGUGCUUCCAGGAUGGCACAGGUUGAGCAUGUUUUAUGUUCACACAGUGUGCUGCUAGUGUGGAUGUACAGGAGGAUGCUUACCUUAAUGUUGGAUUUUUCUCUGAGCUGAGUUGCGUUUUCUGGGUCCUUGUUCACUUUGCUCUGAAGGCACACAUGGCAGGAGCAUGGCAUGCUGAGUGCUCCCAGGCUGUGCUGUGCUGGUCAAUGGAAGGAAGGCACAGGUGAGGUGUGCAGGCCAAAGGCUGGCUUGGAUUGUCUCAGUUAUUUGCAUGUUAUUUAUAUUUUUCAGAGCAGAGUACCUCUUUUUACCCGAAACAAAUACUUUGUACCUUUUGAAUAGUGCAUCCCCAGCUUGGUUUUGGUCUUGUCCAUUUUGGUUUAUGGAGCCUUGAAGCCCCAGUCACAAACAUUGAUACCCACUCCCUGGGCAUGGCCAUCUCUCUGAAGCUUCGGAAUGCCCCUUCACUGCAUUCCAGUGUACAACCUUUUUUUUCCCCCUAGCUUUCUUAAGUUCUCCAUAGGCAUUAUGAGUAGUGCCUGUGUUACUUGCUCUGUUGUAUACCUAUGAGAAUAGGCAUUUCCUUGAUUAUUCGAGAUCUUACUAUUUUGUGUGUGUGUGUGUGUGUGUGUGUGUGUGUGUGUGUGCUUGAUUGUAUAUUUAGCACCUGGACAAAUUAGAACCAGCCUGAGACCGUCAGGUCCCCUUCUUUAGAAUGUACAUUGUUGAAGAACUUAGGUUGGCACGGUGGCAUGCUUGUAAUCCAGCAUUUGGGGGGUAGAGGAAGGAGGAUUGGAAUUUAAUGCCAUCUUCAGCUACAUAGCAAGUUUAAGUCUGUUGUGGGCUGCAUGAGAUCAGUCCCUCCCAACCUCUGGCAAAAAAGAAAUAAAACCUCACUCAUUUUAUGAA